UUCUUGUUCAAAUCAAGGAAGGCAACAGCAGAAGAAGAAGAAGCAGAGCAGCGAACACAAAUGGCUUCCCCAAGCGCUCUUCGAGAGCUACAGCGUGAUUUGGAGACCAAGGCUAACGAUCUUAGCAAACUCCAAAAAGAUAUUGCGAAGAAUCACCAAGUGAGAAAGAAGUACACUAUCCAGCUCGGCGAGAACGAGCUCGUCCUCAAGGAAUUGGAUCUGCUGAAAGAAGAUGCAAAUGUCUACAAAUUGAUCGGUCCGGUGCUUGUGAAGCAGGAUUUGGCAGAGGCGAAUGCGAAUGUGCGCAAGAGAAUCGAAUAUAUCUCUGCUGAAUUGAAACGACUUGAUGGAACUGUUCAAGAUUUGGAGGAGAAGCAAAAUAGCAAGAAAGAUGCGGUAUUAAAGGUACAACAGAGGAUUCAAUCUCUCCAGGCUGGAAAAGCCAAGGUCUAGUUUGCUUUCACACUAAUUUUCGAGCUCUAAUGUGUUUUAUAAAUCUUUGUGGAGGCUUGGAUGUAGUUACUUGUUUCUAUUUGAAGCUGCAUUGUCACUAGCAACUGUUGGAUGUUAAAUUGUUUGUACCAAAUUUCAAUUUCUUUUUUGUUUCUGGGGAUCUGGGAUUUACUAAAAGUUAAACGAAAACAGGAUGCUUUGCCAUUAAACAGAUUAAACAAAUGAUGAAUUACUAUCGUA